UUCUCUCACACAGUCUCGCCAUCUGCUGCCCAGCACUCCACAAAAGCUAUAAAAGUAAAGAAGAAAUGUUGCGCUUCUCCUCUCGCAACUCACACGCGUUGUCAAAAUAGAAAAAUUAGGGUUCCUUUGUUUUGCAGGGAAAGAUAUUCAUGGACUCGUCUACGCCUAUCCCUUCGUUGCACUUGGCCAUGGCGGCGUUACUCGGAGCUUCAUUAAUGGCCGUAUCCGCAUUUUAUAUCCACAAACGCAGUGUCGACCAGGUCAUCGAUCGGCUUAUCGAGAUCCGCCGCGAAUGUGUGCCGCAGGCAAGGCGGCCUCGAAGUCGCCUUGUCUCCGAUGAAGACGAAGAGGAUGAAGAAGUGGAUUACGAACAAGAUAAUAGACGACUAGAAAUAGAAGAAGUGGAUCAGUGCCUCGACCAAAAAUCGAGCGCGUCUAAAUCUUUUGAUGAGAAAAUGGAGGUGUCGAGGAGUUCUCGCAUUUCCAGUUCGAUGCCUAACGUGGCUUUGCGCAAUGAGUGGUUCGAGGAGGAUGCUAAAUUUGAUCAGGCGGUGAGGGAAAGAGUUCAAAGUUGCUCUGCUUCGUCGCUUGAGAAGCUUAACUUUAUUCCUUCGGGUCUUCCUCCUCUUCAAACAUCUUGGAGAGGAGAAAGUCAGACUUUUAGUCAUGGAGGUUCCACUAUGAGGUUGGCUACCUAUGGUCGGCUAAUGACUCCAAGGUCGCCUGGUGGCAAUGCUGCUGGGGAUUCAGAUGAUGAAGGGACAGAGCCUGCGGAUGAGGAUGAGAUUCUUUUUGCUGACAAGAAUAUUGAUGUUUCUGCUGAUUUGUUAAAGGAUGUUGCUACAAAAGUUCAAAAUUCGUUUCCUCUUCCAUUUAGAGGCGAUAGUGUUAACCAUGCUCGUGACAAGACCUAUCAAGCUUCUGGGAAUGAGGAAAGAUCUUGUGUGAAUCUAGUUGGCAAGGGAAACGUUGAUUCAGCUUCAGUUGGCAUAUUUGAGAAUGAUCCUGUUUUUACCAAGACUAGUUUGCCUCUCAGAAGCACAUUGCAUGACUCAACAAAUGUUGAAGAGGAGGAAGUAAGAAAGAUGGUACGGGAGUGCUUGGAAUUGCGAGACAAUUAUGUUUACAGGGAGGAGAUUGCUCCAUGGACCAAGGAACCUGUGAUGGAACCUAGCACUCCAAAGGCGAGCUGUGAUCCAUUUCACUUUGAACCUGUGGAAAAAACAGCGCAUCACUUUAGGAUGGAAGAUGGAGUCAUACAUGUUUAUGCAAGUGAAAGUGGCACUGUUGAGCUUUUUCCUGUUGCAAGUUCAACAACAUUUUUCACUGAUAUGCAUCACCUCCUAAAAGUCAUGUCAGCUGGAAAUGUUCGAUCUGCUUGUCAUCACCGACUAAGGUUUCUAGAAGAGAAGUUCCGCCUUCAUCUGUUAGUAAAUGCAGAUAGGGAGUUUUUGGCUCAGAAGAGUGCACCACACAGGGAUUUCUACAAUAUCCGGAAGGUUGAUACACAUGUGCAUCAUUCUGCUUGCAUGAACCAGAAACAUCUGCUUAGUUUCAUCAAAUCAAAACUACGAAAAGAACCUGAUGAGGUUGUUAUAUUUAGGGAUGGAAAGUAUAUGACAUUGAAAGAAGUUUUUGAGAGUUUGGACUUGACUGGAUAUGAUCUCAAUGUUGAUUUGUUGGAUGUUCAUGCUGAUAAGAGCACCUUUCAUCGAUUUGACAAAUUCAAUCUUAAAUAUAAUCCUUGUGGGCAAAGCAGACUUAGAGAGAUCUUUUUAAAGCAGGACAAUCUUAUCCAAGGACGUUUUCUGGCAGAAGUUACGAAGCAAGUGCUAUCAGAUCUUGAAACAAGCAAAUAUCAGAUGGCAGAGUACAGGGUGUCCAUAUAUGGAAGGAAACAAAGUGAAUGGGACCAGUUGGCAAGUUGGUUUAUUAACAAUGAAAUUUAUAGUGAGACUACUGUUUGGUUAAUUCAGUUACCACGAUUGUAUAAUGUGUACAAGCAAAUGGGAAUUGUAAAAUCUUUUCAGAAUAUUCUGGACAAUGUUUUCAUUCCACUAUUUGAAGUUACAGUUGAUCCGAAUUCUCAUCCUCAACUACACGUGUUCCUAAAAAUGGUGGUUGGCUUUGAUUUAGUUGAUGAUGAGAGUAAACCAGAGAGGCGUCCUACAAAGCACAUGCCAACUCCUGCUGAAUGGACUAAUGAAUUUAAUCCUGCAUAUUCUUAUUAUGCCUACUACUUUUAUGCAAACCUUUAUACACUCAACAAGCUUCGUGAGUCAAAAGGAAUGCAGACAAUAAAACUCCGACCUCACUGUGGGGAGGCUGGUGAUAUUGACCAUUUAGCUGCUGCUUUCCUUCUGUGCAACAAUAUAUCUCACGGGAUUAAUCUCCGGAAAUCCCCUGUUUUGCAGUACUUGUAUUACCUUGCUCAGAUCGGAUUGGCCAUGUCUCCUCUGAGCAAUAAUUCCCUUUUCCUGGACUAUCAUCGCAACCCAUUUCCUUCGUUCUUUCAGCGUGGGCUAAAUGUUUCUCUUUCAUCUGAUGAUCCUUUACAAAUUCAUUUGACGAAGGAAGCACUUGUAGAAGAGUACAGUGUUGCAGCACAGGUUUGGAAGCUCAGUGCUUGUGACUUAUGUGAGAUUGCUAGAAAUUCUGUAUACCAGUCUGGGUUUUUGCAUAUGUCAAAGUUGCAUUGGCUUGGCAACAAAUAUUUCCUAAGAGGUCCAGAAGGGAAUGACAUUCAGAAGACAAAUGUUCCAAACAUGAGGAUUGCCUUUCGACAUGAGACAUGGAUAGAUGAGAUGCAGUAUCUUUACUCAGGGAGAGCAAGAAUUCCAGAAGAAAUAGAUCCUGCGAUGUAACUGAAUGUAAUACGUGAAUCAUGAAAGCAAAUUUCAAUUAGUGUGAAGAUGAUGCGAAGAUUUGGAGAGCAACGGGUUGAAGGAGGCUGGCUAGCUAUUCUUUCAAGCUUAGCCUUAUAAGUGGCGGAAGGGAUUUUUACCCUUAGCUAUUUCCUUACAGAUCGGAAAUCAUUCAUUCUUGCUGCAAUCAUUAUAGUUUCUAAUAUAUAUAGUGAAUUAACUAUGUUAUAUUUUUUCUUCCAAUAAUUUGGGCAAUCAAAGUCAUGUUCCUUUUAGUUUUAACUUCAAUUAAGAAUAAAGAAACUAUGUAGCUUUGAUCGCUGUGAAUGAUCUAUAUGUGCGAGAAUGUCUUAGUCCAUGUGUCGUUCCUGUUUUAUUAAUUCCAAAGAAGGAACUUGGCAGAUGUGUAUUGACUGUCGCGCUAUAAAUAAUAUCACGGUAAAGUAUUGACAUCC